AUGAGAUGCCCAUUCGCCCUCAACACAGUUUCAGGACGUAUUCGACUGGUACAUUAUUGCAGCAAUUGCUGCUUUACUGCGACAGUGAUGUCUGCGGUUAUUAACUCUAGACCAACUUCCUCUGCUGCUGGUAACAGUAUCGGAGAGGAGGCUAGACCAGCUUUACUUCACAAAAUCGAAGGUCAUGUUGCUCGGGUAAACGACGUAUAUUUACUGUCAAAAGAGGAGGGAGUGUGGACUUGCAGCGAUGACCGAUCUGUCAGGCUCUAUCUGAAGAGAGACAAUGGACAGUUUUGGCCUUCCAUUCAUAAAAUAAUGCCUGUCGCUCCUACUUGCCUUUAUUUCAGUGAAGAAACUUCUAGGCUUCUUGUCGGUCUUCUCAACGGCCAUGUAUAUGAGUAUCAUGUAGCAGAUGAUUAUAAUACUAUGAGCGACCCCGAAGCGAGGAGAUGGACCAUCCAUGCUGGGCCCAUAUCAGGGUUGGGAAUCGCGUUAAGUGCUGAGCUUGUUUUCAGUUGUUCAAAAGACAAAUCAGUAGUCUGGCAUUGUUCAGAAACGGGAAUUAAACGAGGUGCAUUCCAUUGUGAUAGCAGUUGUACGGCCAUGGCUAUGGAUUUGCCUUUCGUUUUUAUUGGUGACCACGGUGGGAAUGUGGUUGUGCUGAGAUUGAGUGGCGACACAGCGCAGAUGGUGAGCAAGCUGAGUGCUCACACAGGGCCGGUAUCAUCGCUGGCUUGGAACAGAGUGAAGGAAAUCCUUUAUUCUGGCAGUUAUGACAAUCUAGUGAUCAUGUGGGAUAUUGGCGGAAAACGUGGUGAAGCUUAUGAGCUGAACGGACAUUCCUCAAAAAUUACCAGCCUAGUGAUCGCUCCGGGUGCAGCGCGCCUUUUCUCUGCCGACGAUGCAGGAAAGCUUGUUUGCUGGGAUAUGUCAGCUAAUAGGCUGGAAACACCUGGUUGGAAGACCGCUGACAACUGUGAGAUUUGCGAUGCACCUUUUUUCUGGAAUCUCACAGCUAUGUGGCAAAGAAAGGUGGUAGGACAACGACAGCACCACUGUCGAACUUGUGGAAAAGCUGUGUGCGGCGCUUGUUGUUCAAACUGGACUAUUUUUCCUCGCAUGGGUUACGAGCUGCCAGUUCGCAUAUGUAAUGUAUGCCAUGAGAAAAUGGAGGAAAAUCCGCAGCAGUUCGAUCUUACCCCACUGUCUGUAGCGCAUGACAUCCGAAGCGGUGUGACAGCGAUGCAUCUCCAAGAAACGAUGGGGAAACUAGUGACGGCCAGUCAGAACAGGGUGGUAAUGAUAUGGGAUAUACGCAGUAUGUUAUGAAUACACUCUGAAGUUCUCAGAAAACGCCCUUACUUAAUACUGUUUUUUUUUCAAAUGAUUUCCUUGUUCUUUCUUUUUUUUUGUCUUACUUGUACAGCUCAAGAAACAAAUGUAGUGAGUAACAUAUAUUGAAUCCAACGAGUCUGUGAAAAACAUUACGGUGAACUUUAUUAUUUUGAUCACUUCAGAAUUUGCGAUCAUGGUCAAGACUAUUUAUUUUCACUUCCGUAUUUGCUGU